AUGAAACGUCUGGAGUCGUUUAUCGGAUCUGGUGCAGUUGCGGACGAAGAAACUACACCGGAGAAACCGGAAGACAGUGCCGAACGCGAAUGGCCAAGCACGCCGCAGCGGUGUGGAGAAAUGACGGCAGCUCUCAAGUUGCGGCUCAUUCAACGAGAUUCGACCACACAUUCAAAUUCGACGAGGACGAAAUUCUCGCUAGAGGUGACAACCGCGUGAGCCGGGAGCUGAUUAAGUCAUGGUUUACUGGUCCCCAGUCCAAUACCAAGUGCAAUGACCUUCCAUUUCCAUACUUUGUGAUGAAACUUCGCCUAGGCGGAGUAAUUAACCAGGCGGGAAGCGUACAGGUGAACACUUUUCCCAGCGCCAGGGUCGGUGGGUCAAAUGGUCGAGCAAUCAAUACACCAAAAUCCAACGCACGUAAUGAAAUUGCGGCAAUUAACGAUGCGAAUAUCGGCCAUCAAACAGUCAGCACACCACAUGCAACGAUCCCUGAUGAAGGGGGAGAGCGGUGAAUGUUCAUAGGUAUGCGGUAGCAUGGCGACUGCAUCCUAUAAAUACUGAAGCCCCUGGUUCAUGAAUCACUCGUAUCUGCUGUUGUCUCUGAUGAUGGAUUCGAGUAGGAAUCCUAAACGUCAGGCUAAUAAAGCUCUUGUCCCAGCGAUCCUGUCCUCUUCUUUAACACCUAUCAGUCUCCUUGCCCUUCCCACCCUGCUAAGUCCGGAAGUAAAACAAUGUUAAAAAGACCAGGGAGGGGGUCGGGGGCAGUGACUGACAACGUCAGACAUUCUGUCUACGCGUGCCACACACGACCUUAUCCGUUCGAAAUGGACGAGAUUUUCGCAGAACCAGCCAUUGCAAUCUGACUCUACGUCCUGAAAGGAGGACCGAACUACCAUAUCCUUUGGCAGUCCUCAAAGCAAGGACUUUUAGUCCGACUAGCACUCUGCUGGUCAGCUACUCCACUCAAGUCAGCUCUAACAUCGCAAACAAUGAUGUUCGCCGUAUGGCCGCAGCCUAGCCGACGCAGAAUGAUGACCCGCACGUGAAUUAGUUUCUACGGAUGGCAGAUUCCCGCAACAUCUACUACACACUCUCUCCUCACUCGCCCGCUUGAGCCCGAUGUCAAGAGAGCGAGAGUCAAGAAGACUGGAGGUGGUGGGGGAGUCGGGCGAAAGUGGACACAUAAACACAAGACUGACUGCUAUGCCUGAGUUAUGCCACCGGUUGUCAACCCUUCAGUCCACGCCUUUUGCCUGUCGCAACAGACUCAUGCGCGGUAAGCGGACGUGGAGAUAACAACACUGGAAGUUAUUUUCAAGCUCAGGUUUCCUCAAAUGGUAUAGAGAGCGAACCAUGACAUACACCGGGGAGUGGACUGUGACAUAGGGGAAUGUAAGGGAAGAUUCGUCCCAGUAUGCUUGGCCACCAACUGUAACCUGUUUUCACAGUCUUUGGGUUUGCAUACGGAGCGUAUGACCCCAAAAUCAACUGCAGCAUUAGGCCUGCGAGGUCAAAAAUUGAUAUAUACAGCGGAUGUGCUACCUCAUGAAAGGUUAACCAAAAUUCCGAAAUAUUCGAUUCGAAAAACAAUAACUUACAUAGGGUUCUAAUCUUAAUAAUCGCGCAGCAUAAGCACAAGCUUUUUUCGGCAAAAACCAUACCAUGUAAAAGACGACAACUUGAUUGGCGUAUAUUUUCCCACUGAUUUAACAUGCCCCUAUAAAUGUAAUUGUAUUUCAUAGACAAGGUGGAUUAAAAUAAUCUUUCCUGCAUUACUUCAGUGGCCAAAGGAAGAGUAUCUUUCGGUUUUUAAAAACUUUUUCAGUUCGUCAAUAGUUGUUUGCCCUACCUGCCUUUACACUUUCAGUCAGGGUUCAAAGACCAAAUGCUGUAUACAUUCUGUCAAUGGAAUACCAUAAAUUUCUCUAAGCUGUUAGGAAAACUGCAUAUAUGGUCUACAAAGUUGUUCAAAUGAUGUGCACCAUAUUGAAUACUUUAUAAGUAGCAUCAGUGAAUGCACUGGUAUGAUGCUGUGUCAAUGGGCAUUUCAUGGUCUGAAAAGACCCCAUAACUAGAUACUUUAAAGGCCAAAAGAUACCCUUUAUUAGAAUAAACAGUUUGAAGACGUAAUUUGGUACUAAAUAAGUAAAAAAGACUAUUACUGAGCAUGUUUUCUAGAUAAUAUAUUUGAAUGCACAGGAGCAUCAAAAGUAAAUAGAAAAAAAUCAAAGUAAUUAAAUGGCUUUUUUGCAGACGGUCAGAAAGAAACUGCAGUGUCUUAUGUUUAUGCUGCAAAACAAUUACUAUUGCAUUCCCACUUGAGCAAUCUUUUCGAAUCAAAUACAUAUUUCGGGAUUUCGGUAAAAAUUUCGCGAGCCAGCAUGCCUACAGCAAACGUUCCCAAGGGUAGCACAGCCUUCCGACUCGCAGGCAACUACCCGUGUAACUUUGAGUGGCCACACAAAAGUUUGAUUAAAUCCCCUUUUUUAAAAAUAUUUUCAGAAGAAAUCGGCUCUCUCUAUAUGGCGAGAGUAGGUGGGAUGGACUUUUGUAGAUGUCUAGACAGGAUAUGAGAACAGGAACCGCCUACAACACGGGUGGUUUUGAGCCAAUCCCCAGUGAAAUUAGGGUUGGAUCUAAGGUUAUAGUUAGAGUCAGGUUUAAGCUCAUAUUUAAUGUUAACGACAAGGUCAGUCAGGAUUAAGUUUAGGGUUAAGGUAGGGGCUGGUGUUAACUGAAGAGUUACGGUUUAAGAUAGAGCAAGAGUUAAGAUUAGGGCGAUGGUUUAGUUCUAUAUUAGGGUUACUUUUGGAAGUUAAACACGGGGAUAUAUUGCUUCUUCCAGAAUUAUGCGUAGGUUCAUCUUCAUUACUUGGGUGGGGCGUUCCAACUUCCAUGUCCUGUUAGACGUCCACAUAAGUCAGUCUCGUCAGAGAGUAUUUACUUAAAAAGACAGGCGUCUGUCCGUCAGUCCCGGACCACUGCAUGCACGAAACAACCUGCUGAAUCACAGUGCUCACAUACGGUUAGCUUGCCAAGAAAUUUCAGGCAAAGCAUUGUUAUUUUUUACUUUUAUAGCUUUCCGGGCGAAAAUUGCCCAGCAUUCUUAGAUUCCGCUACGUGAGUGAGCGAGUGACUGAAACGAAAUUUCCAGUGCGAUACGAUGAGCCACGUUUUAUCAAACCAACCGAUAAGACUCACUCUGUUUUACUAAUGUACGUGCGACUAAGCUAAACCCUUAAAAGUAUAUCUCAGAAAGAAACUUAAACCAUGGAUGGUUGGUUGCCAAAACUAGCCACCUGAUCUCAUUCCCAGUUAGUGCUUUCCAGAUCUACUCAGGACUGUGCGUAAUCCACGAUCGAGAUCGAACAGGUUACAUGAUACACCUUGCUUGACAGUUCGGGCGCUCGCCCAACACCGAGACACGUGCUUCGCCAAUUUUCCUCUUUCAUACCGAUAGAUCUGCAGACCAAAUCGUGCUGCAGGAUGUUUCCCUUCCAAGAAACACGUAGUUCCCCUGCAUAGUCUUAAAGGCCUGGUUGCCGGAUGCCAUUACCAGGAUAAUUUGUUUCUCUUUCUUGCGACGAUUGGCUAGAAUGUAUUCUUCGUUGACGUUUGGGAGCAACAACUAUAGAACUAUCUUGGUUGCGGAACAGAAUGUUGUCUUUCAAUUUUUUCAGCAGUAGUCAGCGAGACCAGCCAUUGACGUAGGUCUACCUGACGAUGAGCCUAGAAGGUUUGUGGGCGUCUGAUAUGCCAGCAAACCAUGACUCUUGCAGCCUGAUGCACGCUGGCAAUUCCCUGCCGGGAGAUGUGUUUGCGUUCCCGCAGAGUAUUCAGACCGUGAACAUGGCUGCCCAGUCAUCCUCCUCUUUCUGAUCCGUCGUUGUCUUCUGUCGGUAAAAAAUCCCGAUCAAGUGUUUGCUGUGGAUCGAGGGGUGUGGUGUGCGGAUCCGGCCUUGCCAGCCAUUCGCUCCCUCUUCCGCCCUCGGUCUUCUUGACUCUGUCACGACACUGGGCCCAGGUGGGGAGGAGGGGAGAGUGGGAUAGAUGAUGCGUAAGUCUACUCUCACGAUAACCUAAUUUGCCUACGAGUCAUCGUGCCUGCUUCAUCUUAUUGUGGAGCACAUGGUAAACAUCGUCGGGCCUGACGACAGGACUGUCACCUGACGAUGGCAGACAUGCUUGAAAACGGUCAUGACACUCUUCCCUGACUUUAGUGAUGAGACGUUUUUAAAAUUGUCGAUUUACCUCAUUUCUCCCAUAUACCUAACAUCUAAUAAGACGGGUUGCCCCGGGAAGACGGGUUGCCCGUUAGCCUAGCUGCUGGCUACCCGGCGCGUCCACAGGUGGCGGAUAGUGGGACGACCUUCAGUAAAGGUUAGCUGCGAAAUAAGCAGACCCAGGUCUGACGAAUAAGCAGUCGCGGACCAGCAGCGACAUUGCUACCAGGGUGCGGUGGGCUGAAGUCUGGCACGCUGAAAGCCUUAUAAAAUGCCGCAAAACCCAAUGACGGCAUUGUGACAUGGCGACCGUAAACCGCCAUUAAAUAAGUUUACUAGCCACCGCUGCCUUGUGGUUAGGUUUUUGAGCCAAAGCGCUAGAGAAGACAACCUCGAACAAACAAUCCGAGCAGCUUUUGGGGACCCGCCCGUAUUCGAAAUUCCCAAGAAACCUCAGGAAACAUGUCCGAUUACAGUACUACGACCCAUGCUACGGCGUCCGCGGGAACCGACGCGCUCCGCAACCCUGGUCCAGUGGUGCGGGAGAAUAGUAUGCGAGCUGGAGUACUCAAUCGUGGACGGACUCUCGGUAUUGGAUGCUGGAAUUAACGAACGUUCCUGGACCCUGGUACCCAUAGUCUGACCGCACGCAGCCUUCAUCAGUACAACGUGGAUGUCUGCUGUCUGUCUGAGGUACGACUUCCUGACUCGAGCUCUCGUGAAAUAAAGAUCCCGGGAGUUGAAUCACACUUCACCCUGUACCACAGCGGCCCCCGCGAUUCCUCUGGUCAACACGGUGUGGCGAUCGCCCUAUCACAACAAGUGGACCUCGCGCUACUUGCUUGGGAACCAGUCAGUGACCGGAUGGCCUACGUGCGACUGAAGGGUCAAUUCACGAACAUCUCCAUCGUCUCUGUGUACGCACAAACUCCGGCUGACGAACAGCGCGGUAAAGAGGCGUUUUACUCUCAGUUGCAAGCGCUAGUUGAAAGACUGCCUCGCCGCGAUCUUCUGAUUGUCACCAACACAUGUUUCCAGCAUCGCAAAAAACAUCUGCUGACCUGGUAUUCAAACGACGGUCGUACGGCCAGUCAGAUUGCCUACAUACUAGUCAGCUCAAGGUUCCGCAGCUGGGUUCACGAUAGCAGAUCGAUGCGUGGUGCUGAGACUGGUAACGCCCAUGGGUCGGACCAUGUCCUCGUCCGUACACGCCUGAAAGUUCAUCUCUCAUCCGCACCAAAAAUGCCACGUCCUAGACGCCUCAAUGUCGCAAAAAUCCGGCAAGCCAGCACUGCCGAGGUCCUAAGCAGAGAAAUCCGGACCUGUUUUACGACCCGAGCCGACAGAGAAGUCAGUAACCAGUGGUCGUCACUGAAGACCUCAGUCUAUGGGGCAGCUGAGAAAAUCCUUGGAUACACCCAGCGACGCCGCAGUGACUGGAUCAGCGGAAGAGCCCUGCAGUUGUCUGCUCAGACGGCUAGAGCCAGGUCCCGCAACGAUGACUACUUCCGACAACUUCGGAAGAUGACGGCAAAAUCGGCCAGGGAUGACCGGAAGCAAUAUUGGACCGAAAUAGCGACAUCCAUGGAACAGGCCUCGAACGUUGGUGACACUCGAAAGCUCUACUGUCUGAUCCGCCAAGUUAGCGGUAAGCCCUCUACACUGAGUGACUCUGUUCGCGAUGUGAACGGCGGCUUUAUUGCUGACAACUCGGCCAAAAUCGAGCGCUGGCGUGAGCACUUUGAGCACCAUUUCAACUUCGAUACCCAACCUACAUCGCCCUUGUUCUCCUUCUCAGCGGAGUUUCUUCCCUCUCCUACCUAUGCAGUGCCAUGCGACCGCCCCUCUAAAGGAGAAGUCGUCGAUGUCAUGCGAAAGUUACGCAACAAUGAGGCACCCGGAGAAGACGGUAUACCCGCUGAAAUCUUCAAGUCUUGUGUCGACACUCUGGCGCCCUGGCUCCAUGAGGUGAUUGAACGAGCGUGGAGAGACGAGGUUGUUCCUGAUGACUGGGGCUUAGGCAUCCUCGUACCUAUCCUCAAGAAGGGAGAUAAGACGAGAUGCGAGAACUACCGCGGCAUAAGUCUCAUCGACGUUGCUGCGAAAGCCCUCGCUACUGUCCUACUCAGGCGAUUCCAGGCUGUGCGUGACUCAAGGACGAGGCCCAACCAAGCCGGAUUUCGUGCUGGACGUGGAUGCGCAGAUCAGAUAUUCGCACUGAGGCGCAUUCUCGAAUUUCGCCAUAGCUACCAACAACCGACGGCCGUCUGCUUCGUUGACUUUGCCGCCGCGUUCGAUUCCGUUCACCGUGAGUCCCUGUGGCGGAUAAUGGCGCUAGAUGGUGUAUCGGCAAAAAUCAUCGCCAUGAUCAAGGCCUACUAUCGCUCCACUACUGCGAGAGUCCUGGUCCGUAACAAUCUUUCCCAACCGUUCGGUAUUCGGUCUGGCGUCCGACAGGGUUGUAUCCUGUCACCAAUACUGUUCAACUACGCUAUUGACUGGAUCCUCGGCAGGGCCCUACGCGACAGUGACGGCGUUGAAUUUGCACCCGGACAUCGACUGACUGAUCUCGACUAUGCCGAUGAUAUCGCCAUACUUGCUUCAAGUUUUGGUGAUCUGCAGUCUACGGUGUCACGGGUGAACGAGGUCGCUAAAUCAGUCGGUUUAUCCAUAAACGCUGCGAAGACCAAAGUAUUCUCAAGCUGCAUGCCUGACCAGGAGAAGGCACCCCUGGGGAUUGAUGGCUGUCAACUUGAAGAAGUGGACAGCUUUAAAUACCUCGGGGCGAGACUGCUGCCUAAUGGACAGAGUAAGGACGACAUUGUCUCCCGAAUCGAUGCUGCCCGCUGGGUUUUUUCAAGCCUCCGGAAAUGCCUGUGGAACCGACGUGACCUCUCCAUCGCUACGAAGAUUCGCGUGUACCGUGCAUCUGUCCGGUCUGUCCUUCUCUGCGGUUGUGAAUGCUGGGCUUUGCGCGUGGAGGAUGAGCGAAAACUGGGGGUAUUUGACCACCACUGCUUGAGGAUCGUCCUUCGAGUGAAGUUAACCGACUUCGUCUCAAAUGAGAUAGUCCGCGCUCGCUGCGAUAACAUCGCAAGGAUAACUCAGGCCAUCCAAGAAAGACGACUGAGGUGUUUCGGGCAUGUUCUUUGUCGUCCAUCUCAGGAGCUCAGUGUUAUUGACCUCGAUCCGGCACCGUUGCCCCAUUGA